CUUCCUCCCCAUAUACACACACAUUCUCUCAAACUACUUCAAGAUCAAACCAAGUGCACAAUCACUAAGCCUAAGCUUUCCAUCCUUUGUUAUAUAAAUAUAUACACAUAUCUCUCUUCUCUUAACUCGUGUGUAUAUUCAUAUCCAAAGCUUGAACUAGUAGUGAGUCAUGUGUAAUUCCAAACCAUCUUCAGCAAUAUCCCCAUUCCUUUGUCCCACAAAAACCAAAGACAUGAUGAAUCUUCCUCUUGAUGAUCAAUUUCAAGAUGAACUUCACAGAUGGCCAACCACUAAGGAGGUCUUGGAAGAAAUGAAGGCCAUAGGGAAAAUAUCAGGCCCAACAGCUAUCACUGGUUUGGUCUUAUACUCUAGAGCCAUGAUCUCCAUGCUCUUCCUCGGCUACCUUGGCGAUGCGGAACUCGCCGGAGGCUCACUCGCCAUCGGUUUCGCCAACAUCACCGGCUACUCUGUCAUCUCCGGCUUAGCCAUGGGAAUGGAACCUAUCUGCGGACAAGCCUAUGGAGCAAAACAAUGGAAGAUUCUCGGCUUAACCCUUCAAAGAACCGUACUCCUCCUUCUCUCAACUUCCAUCCCCAUUUCACUGACAUGGCUCAACAUGAAGAGAAUCCUUUUGUUUUGUGGCCAAGACGAAGAGAUUUCAUCAAAGGCACAAAUUUUCAUUCUCUUUUCCAUACCAGACCUCUUUUUUCUCUCACUCCUCCACCCUCUUCGUAUUUACCUCAGAACUCAGAGCAUAACAUUGCCAUUAUCAUAUUGCUCUGCUUUCUCUGUUUUACUCCAUAUUCCCUUGAAUUUCCUUCUAGUUGUGCAUUUCAAAAUGGGGAUAGCAGGGGUAGCCAUUGCAAUGGUUUGGACUAACCUCAACUUCUUCCUCUUCCUCUUCUCCUUUGUUUACUUCUCUGGUGUUUACAAAGAUUCAUGGGUUUCUCCGAGCAUGGAUUGCCUUAAGGGGUGGUCUUCAUUACUUGCUCUGGCUAUUCCAACUUGCAUCUCUGUUUGUCUAGAAUGGUGGUGGUACGAGCUCAUGAUCAUGGUGUGUGGGCUUUUGGUGAACCCAAAAGCCACCAUUGCUUCAAUGGGGAUUCUUAUUCAAACAACAUCGUUAGUCUAUGUUUUUCCUUCAUCUCUUAGUCUUGGUGUUUCAACCAGAGUGGGGAACGAGUUAGGAGCAAAAAACCCAGCAAAAGCCCGGGUUUCAAUGAUGGUGUCAAUGUUUUGUGCUGUGGGCUUGGGCUUUUCAGCAAUGGUGUUUACAACUUUGAUGAGGCAUCAGUGGGGGAGAUUGUUCACCAAUGAUGAGGAAAUUCUUGGUCUAACGGCCGCGGCAUUGCCAAUUAUUGGGCUUUGUGAGCUCGGGAACUGCCCCCAGACCACGGGCUGCGGAGUGUUGAGAGGCAGUGCGCGGCCCGCGGUCGGGGCAAACAUAAACUUGGGCUCUUUUUACCUUGUGGGUAUGCCAGUGGCGAUUGUUCUUGGGUUUGUGGUGAAGAUAGGCUUUUCCGGGCUUUGGUUUGGGUUACUUGCGGCCCAAGGUACUUGUGCGGGUCUCAUGCUGUUAGUUCUUUGCAGAACAGAUUGGAAUGCUCAGGUAGAAAGGGCAAAGGAGCUCACAAAAAAUUCAGCUACUGAUGCUGAUGCUGAUGCUGAUUCUUCUCUACCCACAUUCACAAAAACAGUACUGAGUAGCAAUGAUGAUCAUCUUCAAAAGAUAGUUAUCAGUGAUGAUGAGGUUACUCAGACAGGGUUACUUGAAACAGACCCACUACUCAUUAAUUGAUACCCACUGCCGAACACUCACUAAAUUAAUUAACCAUGUUUCUUUGUUCCAUUCCUUGAGAGAAUCCAUUUAUUGGAUUGUACUGUAGGAAAAAAAAAUUCCACUUAGUUAUCCCAAAUUGAUUAUCUAUUUCUUUUUUUCCCUUUUCUAGUGUUGAAUUUGAAUUAAGCAUACAUUUAUUUUAUAUUUUAGAAUAUUAAAUUAUACAUGUAAUUAUAUUCUUAAGACAACUUAACGUGGUUGA